AAUUUUAAAACAAAUGUACGCGUUUACGUUUGGUAGUAAAAAUCGAUUAGAAGAAAAUAAAAUGAAGGCAAAGAGUUGCAUUAAAUAUGGUUAUUUAGCAUGAAUAGUGUUUGUAUUGUUGUAUUCUUUUUGACAAUCAUUUUUGCUGAAAUUCAGUCAGUUCUAUUAGGUUGCACUAAUGACAGUUCAACAAAUUUCCAGUUAACAGCUAGUGGUUAUCAUGUUGAAUCAAAUGUUUCAUGUCUCAGUGUUUGCAAUUUUUAUACUUCGCCAGUUUUCUUCUAUGCUUUUUUUCUUGAAGGUCUGCUUUGUUUCUGCAGAAAUGCUUCACUUUCACAGUUAAAUAUAUCUAAUUUUAAUAGUCCUUGUGUAACAAGUACAUGUUUGAUUGACACCGCAGCUGAUUGCCUUUUAAGUAACUAUGAAGUUUUGCCACUUAGCUUAGGAAUUGUUGAAUGGAAUAUAACCUUUUAUCCAAGUAUUUUACUUGUAGAUAAUGAAAUUCAGAUAAAAACAAAUAUUUUGAUAGGUGAUGCAUCGAGUGCAUAUGUAAUCCCAAUAGCAAAUGACUUACUACCAAAUGUUCAAACAAUCAAUGGUACGACAGUGAAAACCCACUUUUAUUUACCUGGGUUACAGCUAUGGUCACAAGUUAUAGGUAGUGCUUUUACAAAUCCUUUUGUUGCUACAAGCUGGAUACAAGUUGAUGAAAUGGUUGGUGAUAUUUAUAUAGUCCCAUCCUUGUUUCUGGUUAAUGGUUAUAACUUUUUUAUUUUGGUCAUCUCCCAAGGAACAAACAUGAAUGUAACUCUUUCUCACCCCAUGAAGAAAAAUUUGUUUUAUUAUGCAGACAUUAUGCGAUUGGCAUAUGGGUUUGAUUUACCAUUAAUUUAUACUUCUUCUGGAAAAACAUGUAAUCUUUCUGGUGGUUUUAUUUUAAAACAAGUUGUUUUAACAUCUGGCUAUUUAACAAAAGUUAAUUUGAAAGUCUCUGAUGCCGGAACUUUAGAAAUUGCUAUUUUGCGACCAAUAUGCAGCAAUUCUACUGUUUUUUGUUCCUUCACAAUGAAAUGUGCUGAGGAUUGUUUCACAAUAAAUUUAUUAGAAGAUAAAGUUGAUCUACUGAAUAUAUCUAUAAUCACAGCAUUAGUGGUAACAAGAUAUUUGUUCAUGAUAAAUGAUACUGGAAUUAUUGAAAUACCUAUUCAAAACAAGAAUAAUAUCCAAGAAAAUGACAUGGUAUGGAUUGGUGGAACCUCUAGUUUAUUUUGUAAUGGAACAAAUCAUGAAAAAGUUGGACAAGUGGAUGUUGGAAAAACAAUUACAUUUUACUCUAAUAAUAUAACUAACAAUGAUUUCUUUAUAUCACUUUUUAUAUCAAAGCCAUUUGAGUGUUUAAUUCCAAUACUAUCAAAUAUAACUGGCAUUUUAAAUUUCACAGUUGAAGCUUCUAAUCAUAUUCCAUCUUUUCAACAGUUGAACUACUCAUUCAAUUUUCAGGUUCCUGUGUCUGGUUUACGAUUUGCACCAAAAAAGCCGUUCUCAAAAUUGGUGGCUGGAUAUAGAGUUAAUGAAUGGAUAACAUUAGCAGCUGAAAUAGAUUAUGGGUCAGAUGUGAUAUACACGUUUAGUAUUCCCUUGCUUAAUUAUUCAAAGAGUGUAUUCAAUGAUAAUAAAAUUUUAUUUAUGUUCACUGAUGUGGGUGUUUACACUAUAUACUUGACAGCUGCCAACAAGUUUAAUUUCAUCAAUACUUCAGUUGAUGUUGCUGUUUUGUCUGAAAUAAGUAAGUUGUAUUUAUUUGUUGAAAAAAAUCAACAGCAAACUAGUGCUUUUAAAACAACUAUUCAAUUAUUCAAUGGCUCCAACGUGCAAUUGAUUGUUGAUUUUGGUGAUGGAACACCUGUAAUAAAUAUUACAAAGAUUGAUGCUACUGGUGUGAAUGGUUUUACUUAUACUGUAAUUCAUAUGUAUUUCACAUGUAAUGUGUUUACAAUCAAUGCCAGUGCAUCAAUAUUUUUUGCAAACUCAAAAGGUAGUUUGGACACUGCGUUAGUUUAUAAUUCUACAGAUGUAACUGUUUUUUGUUUAUUGUCUCCAUUGAAUGUCAUAACAAAUCCGGUUAUUUCGCUAAAUAAGAAAAUUUACUUAUCUCUCAGCAAAAAUAUAAUUUUAAACAUCAAUCAAAAUAAAGGUUCAUACAUGAUGUACUUAAUUGAUUGGGGAGAUGGUACUUAUGAAAUCGAAAAUCAAACCAUGAAUCAAAAUCCAGUUCCAUUUCAAAUACAACAUAAGUAUAAUAACGAAAACAACUACACUGUUAAUGUAACAUGUUACAACUUGUUGCAGAAUUCAAGUUUUUUGGUUCAAAUAGUAGUUAAAAAUUGCUCAGUGCCAGAGGUUAGUUUUUUUUAUGGAACUAUUACAAGUCCAAUAAAUAUUUUUCGAAGUAUUGGAGGUGGUGUAACAGCAUUUGUUGAAAAUAUUAAUAGUUUUUGUAAACCUGAAAGUUACAAUUUUAAAUGGAAUCUUGCAAGUUCCACUUCAAAUACUUCUGUUAAUGGCUUUUUAUCCCAGCAAAAAGUUACUUACUCAAUUAAAAAAAAUUCACUUGAUAUUGGCUUUUACAUAUUAACAUUGCAAUAUAAUUAUGGGCAUAUCACAAAUUUUUAUGCUGCUUACAUUAAUAUUGUAUUUUCUCCUUUGUAUAUGGAAAUUGAUAAUGGAUUUUUUUCUUCUAUUGCUCAUAAAAAGAAAAUUGGAAAUGACACCUUGUACCAAAAUUUUACAAUAAGUGCAAAGUCUAGUUAUGAUCCAGAUGAUCCAACGAUUGGAACUCAAAAAAUCUCUUUUAAUUGGAAAUGUAAAAUUGCUUCAAAUUUUUCAUAUGCUCAAGAAAUAAUGGCAAACUUUAAAUCUUUGAACUUUACUUAUUUAAGUGACACAUGCUUUGAUCAAAAUUGGAUAAGCAUUCCGUCUAUUAAUUCAGAAGUAUCUUUUAGUACACAACAGUUUCUUGAGGGUAUAAGGUAUCAUGUUAAAGUUUGUGGAAUAAAAAUUGUCGGAAAAGAUUUCAAGUCAUCAUACAAAAACAAAACAGGUUGCUUCACUCAAGAACUUCAGAUAAUUGCUGGUGGCCUACCAACUAUUUCUGUUAGAUGCAUUUCAAACUGUGAUUCGAAACUGAAUUUUAAAGAUCGAGUAAUUUAUUCAUACUUUUGUGAAGAUUGUGGUUCUCAAAGACUAACAGCAAAGUGGAUGAUAACAGAUGAUGCAGGAGAUGUUCCUUCUGAAAUUUUGUCCCCAAAUGCUACUACGACUGGUUUUCUGAUCCCCAGUCUUGUAAUUAACAAAGACAUACUUCUUGAAAACAAAAAAUACACUUUUACAUUAGAAGUUGGAUUCUCUGAUUCAUUAAAACGAUUGUUGUUUAAUUUUACAAAGAUCACAUGUUCUCAACCAUCUUCAGGAGUUUGUUACAUAAAUCCAACUGAUGGCUAUGCCCUAGAAACCUAUUUUAAACUUGUCUGCUACAAUUGGAUUGAUUUAGAUGGUUUUCUUAGCUACAAAUUUUUUUAUGAUACUAAUCAUUUACAUCAAAUGAAGCUUAGUAGUACAACAACUGUUGAUUAUCCUAUGCUUAAUGCUGCAACUACAGAUCAACCGAGUUUAAUUGACUUUGUGAUGGGUCCUGGUGAUGAGAAUAAUGAUUACAAAAUCAAAAUUAUUAUUAAAGUAUACAAUAAAUACAAUGCAUACAAAGAAUACAACCAACUAAUCAUUAAAGUGCAACCCAGUAAUAAACCUAUUAAUUUAACAGCAUUGUUGGCUAGGAUGCACUCCAAUGAUACACAAAGUAUUGCUAAUGUUGUCCAAGCAGUUAGCUCUGCUACCAACCUAAACUCAUCAACUUAUUCUAGCAACACACUAACACCAUUAAACAUGUUUACUAACAUGGUUGAUAUUGAUGCUAUUAAUCUACAAAAGCAACAAGAACUUUCUUAUUUGCAAAAGUCACGCACAGAAAUGAUCACAUUACUCAGCAAUGCACCUGUCGAAGAUAUGAGUUCAUUCAAAUCACUAGGUGAUGCUUUGGUAUUAGUCUCACACAACCCAAUAGAGUUGGUUCCUAAAACUCAGGAACAGGCAGCAAAUAUUAUUACCAAGUUAGCUGAUCUUCUUACAAAAGAGAAUCUUAAACUAAUUGGUGCAGACAGUUUUGAUACCAUGACUCAGCCAUUUGUAAAUUCCAUAUCAAACUUGUUUAAGGCUAAUUUUGACUACAACAUACCGGGAGAUUUUCCCAUUAUUCAAACAACAGCAUCAACAUCUUUAUCCAAUCUGGAAAGCAGUGAAAAUAUAGUAACCAAGUUGUUAAAAUCUUUGGAAAACUACUUCAUAGCAGCGCAUUCCUAUAAAGUUCCUGGUGAAAAUACGACCAUUGGUGAAACAAAGCAGUUUAGUUUUGUAUUAAAAAAAGAUUUUCUAAGUGAUUUUAGCAACACUCAGAUUGGUUCAAUUGAUGGUGGAUUUACUCUUCCAGAUUUUAUAGAUAUGUUUAAUGAAUCCAUACAAAAUACGCAAGUCCUAAUUAAUAAUAUUAGAAUGAAACUUUUGGCAUACACAUGGGACGUUAAUCGAUCACAGAACAUUCUUUCAGAAACUCAAAGUCUUUCUAUUUCAGAUGUGAAUGGUGAUCCAAUAAAAGUGAGUAACAGUUCACAACCAAUCAAUAUUACCAUAAAAAAUAUCCCAGAAAAAAUGAAUGGCAAAAUUGUAUCUCUAUCAAUGCCUAAUGAUGUAUAUCAAAUUAAGUUUCCAUUAAAAUCAGAUUGUAACAUGCUUCUAAAGUUUGUGUUUAAAAAUGACCCAAGUAGUUUAACAAAUCUCAUUGUUUACAUUCAGUAUGGAAAAGUUGCAUCUAAACUCGAUUAUGAUAUUAUGCUAAAUAUUUCUGUAAAGUUUGGUGUAAUUAUGACAAAAUAUAAUGUAUCUUUAAACACAAAUUCUAGUUUUUUGGGAGUUUCUACUACUAAUGCAACUGCUACUGAUUCUAAAAACAUAUUUUCUAAAACUAUACAAAGAAAUCAAGUUGUUCGUCUACUUGAUGAUGGCACAUUAGUAUUGUGGAAUUUUUUGAACUCAACAUAUGCUUUCUUGAAUAAAAGCAAAUUGCAUUUAUCAUUUUCAUAUGUUGGUCCAAUGCCAGAUAAAAAAUUUAAUGUAAAUCCAUAUACAUUUGAUGAAGCUGAAUUUAAUGGUACAUUCGACUAUGAAGUAAAGUCAUUUUGUGCUGAAUGUAAUUACUGGAAUGAAGUUGCAAAGAAAUGGAUGUCUGAUGGAUGUCAUCUUGAUGUUCAGCGUUCAACCUUUUUUGAAACUCAAUGCAAAUGCAACCAUUUAACAGCUUUUGGUGGGUUUUUUGUGGCCCCUAAUCCCAUACCAACACCUUCGUUAGCAAUGUUAAAACAUGGUUAUGUUCUUCUUGUUACAGUUGCAGUUAUUAUUUUGCUUUGGAUACUUGGAUUAAUAAUUACCAGGAAGAUGGAUAAAAAAGACAUUUCAAAGAUUGGUGUUUGUCCUCUUCUGGAUAACCAAAGUGACAAUAAUUACCUAUAUCAAAUAGUUGUAAAUACUGGUAGUCGAAGAAAUGCUGGAACCAAGUCUAACAUCUUUUUUAAAGUUUUUGGUGACAUAAAUGAUAGUGGAAUUAGGCGCUUAAAAGAUGGAGAAAGAGAAUGUUUUCAAAGAUCAAGCUGUGAUGUGUUCAUAAUGACCACCCAUACUACUCUUGGUGAUCUUGAUUUUAUUCACCUCUGGCAUGAUAAUAGUGGUGGAGGUUGGUACUUAAGAAACAUUAUUAUCAUUGAUCUUCAAACAGAAAAGCAGUUCCUUUUUAUUGGCCAUCGUUGGAUUGCUGUUGAUCGUGGCUUAUGUACAUUAGAUUGUGUUAUACCAGUAGCAUCAGCUGAAGAAACUUCAAAUUUUAGCUACAUUUUUAAAACAAAAGCAGAAAAUGAUUUUUCUGAUGCUCAUUUAUGGUUUUCAAUAUUUGCUCGUCCCCCUAAAAGUAACUUUACUAGGUCCCAAAGGUUGUCUGUUGCAGUUUCUUUGUUAAUGACUUCUAUGGUGGCAAGUAGUAUGUUUUAUGACAGUGUUCCACCUGCAAAUCCAUCUGUUGAAAAUAAAAUUGGUAGUUUUUCAUUCACCUGGGCACAGGUUUAUAUAGCCAUAAUUAGUUGUCUAGUAACUAUACCUAUUAAUCUUAUUCUUGUUGGGUUUUUUCGGUCAAUAAAACCAUUUGAAAAUAUUAUAAAAGAAAAUUCAAAAAAAGUCUUAUAUUACAAUAAAGUACAAGAAGAAUCAUCUUUAAAGUUGAUUGAAAAAAAGUCAAAUAAAGAAACAACUGCUGUUCUUAUUAAAGAAAACAAGUCAUCUUUAAUAAAAAUGAGAAAAGAGUUUAAUCUACCACAUUGGUGCUUGUACAUAGCAUGGUUUAUAUGCAUUUGUAGUAUAUUUGCUUGUGGUUUUGUUGUUAUUUUGUAUGGAAUGAGUUUUGGAAAUAAUAAAUCUUUGAAUUGGUUAUCUAGUGUAACUAUUGGCUUUAUCCAAGACAUAUUAUUUACUCAACCAAUAAAAAUCUUCUUUUUGUCAAUUUUUGUGGCUCUUAUUAGAAAAAAUAUUGAAGAAGAAACAUGUGAAGUUGAAAAACAAGGUAAGCUGUUAGCUCAUGAUGAGAGUUGGCUCUACAAAUCAAAAGAUGAACCAACAAUUUUUGAACAAGUAAAUAUUGAGUUAAAACCUCUUGAUUUUUCUUUGGUAAUAGAGAUGAGAGAGAAAGGCUUUAAGAAAAUGAAGAUGUGUGCAAUAACACAAGAACUAUUUUUAUAUACCACAUAUGCAUUUUUGGUGUUUUUCAUCGGCUAUAUGACACGGGAGAAUGUUGCUUUUUACCAAACUCGCAAUGUGGAAGAACUAUUUAACUUGCGAUUGAGGCCAGGUGUAUCAUACCCAGGUGGUAAAGUUUUCAAUAGUAUUCAAUCAUUGCAAGAUUUUUGGCCAUGGAUGGAGGAAUUUUUUCUCCCACAAGUUUACCCCGAACCUUGGUUUAAUUUGAGUGAUUUCUAUGCAAACAAUACAGAUAAAAAAAAUUUUCCUGGAAAACUGUUUUUAAAUGAUCUAACCUCCAAAGUUGUAAACGGAAUUAGAAUUCGACAGAUUCGUGUACAACCACAUUCCUGCAUUAAAGCUGUAUUUAUUGCUGAUUAUGUAAAACAAGAUUGCUUAUCUCGAUAUAAUCCUGGUGUUGAAGAAACCAGAGAUUUUGAUUUCGAUUGGACACUUCCAAAAAAAUAUAAAUCUCUUAUCAACCCAUCUACAAUGCCAUGGAGGUAUCAAACAUGGCAAGAACUUGAUGGUUAUCCAUAUGCAGCAGAUUUAGACACAUAUUAUGGGGGAGGUUAUGUCAUUGAAAUUUUUCCUAAAUGGAAGAAUCAGGCUAUAUUGGAUCAAGCAAAAAACUUUAGGUGGAUUGAUAGGCAAACUAGAGCUAUAAUAAUUGAGUUUGCUUUGUUUAAUGCUGCAACUAGUUAUUUCAAUAUGGUUACAAUGGUCUUGGAAUUUUCUGCUUCUGGAGGAGCUGUUCCUAAUUUCUUUGUACUUACUUUUAAGCUGUAUGCUUCAACAAAAGAAACUGGUAUUGCUAUGUUCGGUUCGCAAAUAUUGUUUAUUUUGAUGAUGUUAGUGUUUACUGUUCGUGAGUGUCGUUUUCUAUAUCGAACUGGUUCGAGGUACUUUCUUGAAUUUUGGAACUUAGUAGAGGUUGCAUUGAUUUUAAUAUCAGUUGCUGCUGUUGGUUUUUUCUUUUAUAAAGAUCAUCUAGCCAAGGUGCUGUUGGAACGAUUGCCAUCUAAGAAACCACAGUCAUUUAUCAACUUUCAGUUUGCUUCUUACUGGGAUCUAAUGUAUAUAUACAUUGUGUCACUCAUUGUUUUUUUUGUAACUUUGAAAUUCAUUAAAGUUUUGCGGUUUAAUCGUCGUGUUUCCAUGCUUUCUUCUACAUUGAAAGCUGCAUGGUAUCCUUUAUCAAUGUUUGGAAUUGUUUUUUUUAUCAUUCUGUGUUCAAUUGUAUUUUCAACUAGUAUUGUGUUCGGUUUGUUGUUGGAUGGAUAUCAGAACCACUUUAAAACAGUCGCAUCCAUUAUUUCAUUAUUGUUGGGAAAAUUUAGUUAUAGUCAAUUUGAAAAUGCUCAUUCUUUUCUUGGUCCUAUAUUUUUUUUUGGUUUCAACGUUAUGGUAAAUUGGAUAAUUAUGAACAUGUUUGUAUCUAUUCUAAAUGAUGUUUUUGGUCAAGUUCGUAAAAACCUUAAAUACCAGAAUAAUGAUUAUGAGAUGGUUGAUUUUAUAAUGGCGUUUUUUAAAGAUUGGCUUGGAUGGUAUUUUUCAAAGGAGGAAAAAGUCAUCUUAACAAAAGAUAUUGAGGUUAUUGAAAACAAUAAUUUUCUGUCAGUUUCUUCUAUAAUUAAGUCAAAGUUGAACAUGAAACAGAUUGACACUAAAUUCAAUAAAGUAAAAAAAGAAAUGUACUACGAUGUCGAUUCGAAAAAAACUAUUCUUGAGGAGAAAUUUUCCAAAUACAAUUACUUGUUAAACGAAGAUGAACCUGAUGGUGAAAUAGACGUAACGUUGAAUAGGUUUGUUAAUUGUAUGAACGUCCUCUAUUUUGAUGACGAAACAUUGGUUAAUAAAAUGAAUGAAUUUGUAAAAAUGGAAAUGGAAAAGUAGCGAAUAAACGAAAUGAGUAAUGUGGACAAAUCUAUCAAAGAUACUUUAUUUGUUGGAAAUCGGGCUUUAGUUUUAUCAAGGAAAUGCGUUUUAAUCUUAUUUCGAAUCAUUUUUGUAAUCAUUUAUCAUUUAAUCAUUUAUCAACUCUUUUAUUAUCAAAACUCUUGUUAUACGUUUUAUAAUUAAAAAAAAAAAUUGUGGUUUUCACAAUUAUAUUGGCUAA